CGGAACUUCAGUGUGACAACCGACGGAUGUAAAUGAUGAGAAGACGCCAGCAACGGUAUCUUCACAGAUGUAUUUCUCAAUCGUAGUAGUGUUUAAAUAAUAUGUCAUCAGCCGGAGUAACGAUGAGUUCAGUCCAGAAUCUGAGAGAGUUGAUCAGCGAGCGACUAACUGCUGCUGCUGAAGAAAUAUUCACGGAGUUUGAGAAAACCGUCGUCCAGUACCAAGAGGAGAUCGAUCGUCAGCGCAGACUGCUGGGGAAACCUGAGAUAAAGUUACACACAACAGAUCUCCCACAGCAGCAUGUUUGUAAGCACGAGGAGGUCCUUGUUGACCAGGAGAGGAACUCCAGUCUGGACCAGGAAGAGCCUCCACAGAUUAAAGAGGAACAGGAGGAACUCUGCCACAGUCAGGAGCUUGUACUGAGACAGAAGACUGAUAUGCUAAUGCAGUGUAAGUCCAAAUGUGAAGAAUUCUCCAGAGAAAUAUUCAAAGUCUUUGAAAAAACACUCAUCCAGUACGAGAAACGGAUCGAUUGCCAAUGCAGACUGCUGGAGAUCAUCAGGACACCUGAAAUAAAGUUGCAUACAAUAGACAUUCCCAAGCAACAUGUCUGUAAGGAGGAGGAGUUUCUGGCUGAACAGCAGCUCUGUAACCAGAAAAUUAACUUAUAUCUGGACCAAAAUGACCCAGAGCGGCCACAGAUUAAAGUGGAACAAGAGGAACUCUGCUCCAGCCUGCAGCAGGACGACCAACCUUUGCAGAUCAAAGAGGAACAGGAGGAACUCAGCACCACUCUGGACCAGAAGGACCCAGAGGUUCUGCAGAUCAAAGAGGAACAGGAGCAACCCUGCACCAGUCUGAACCAGGAGAACCCAGAUUCUCCUCAGAUGAAAGGGGAACAGGAAGAACUCUGCAUCAGUCAUGAGGGAGUGCAAGUUGUGCUGAAGAAGGAGACUGAUACCUUUAUGGUGAUUUCUACUUAUGAGGACAGUGACCACAGUGAACCAGAACCAAACUGUGACUACCUCGUCUCUCAGAAUUCUCUUGUAGCCAAGAGCCCACAUCAGGGAGGAAGCAGCUAUAUAGAUACAGAAUCAAUGAGUAAUAUAGAACUAAAGCUAAAGAAGAGUCAUCAUUCUAAAAGCAGUCACAGUAACAAUGAAGACGGUUCUUCCAUGCUAAAAGCUCAGUGUGAUACGGACACAGGUAAAAACCCUGCAAUGUGUGAUGUUUGUGGAAAAACCUUUAAGAGUAAGCCACAAAUGAAGAGACAUCACAGAAUCCACACACGUGUGAAAGCACAUGUUUGCGAAACAUGUGGGAAAAGUUUUAGCUUUAGUUCUCGGCUGAAAGUCCACAUGAUGAUUCACACGGGUGAGAAACAAUAUUCUUGUGAAACAUGUGACAAAAGUUUCAGUCGUCGUGAUCGUUUGUUGGGCCACAUGAGAUCUCACACAGGCGAGAAGCCAUAUUCAUGUGAAACGUGUGGGAAAAGUUUCAUUGAUAAUAGCAAUUUGACUGUCCACAUGAGAUCUCACACUGGUGAGAAGCCCUAUCCCUGUAAUACAUGUGGGGAAAGAUUUAAAGACACAUCGGGUCUGAAAAGUCACAUGAGAAUUCACACAGGUGAGAAACCGUAUUGUUGCCAAACUUGUGGGAAAACUUUCUGCCAGCGUGGCAAUUUAUUGUACCACUUAAGAACUCAUUCAGGUGAGAAGCCGUAUUCUUGUCAAACAUGCGGUAAAAGUUUCAGUAUAAAUAGUAGUCUAACUGCCCAUUUGAGAACGCAUACAGGUGAGAAGCCGUAUUCUUGUGAAACUUGUGGGAAAAGUUUCAGUGGUAGUGGUGGUUUGACUGCCCACUUGAGAACUCACACAGGAGAGAAACCAUAUUCUUGUCAAACUUGUGGGAAAAAUUUCACUCGCUACGGUAGUUUGUUGCACCACUUGAGAACUCACACAGGAGAGAGGCCAUAUUCUUGUGAAACGUGCGGAAAAAGUUUUAUUCAGCGUGUUCAUUUGUUACAUCAUGAGAGAACCCACACAGGUGAGAAGCCGUAUUCUUGUGAAACGUGUGGAAAACGUUUCACUCAACAUACUCAUCUGUUGUACCACAUGAGAACUCGCACAGGUGAAUAGAUUUAAUUCUGUGAAAACUUUGAAAGUUUUCGUCUAUGUAGGAAUUUGAUUGCCCAUUCAGGAAGCUCCACAGGUUGGAACCCCUGUGGUGACUAUCAAAAGCAGAUUCAAUUUGCAAAAGAGGAAAUUUGAAAUGUUUCAAACUUAAGAUGUAGUUCUUUAUAAAUAAUUUUGUAUUGAUUAUCAAUCUCUGUUUUACUUGACAUGACAUCAUGAUGGUGCUACCUGAUUUAAUGUAAUAAGCAGAAGUUUCAAUGUAAUUUAAUUUUUUUUCAAUUAAGUAUGUUAGAAAAUGUCAUGUUAAGCCAAUAUGUAAAUUAUUUGCAGUCCUGUUGAGUUAAAAUCCAUAUUCCUGUGGUGGUUCUUUGUACAUUUGUUGUAUAAAGAAAAUAAAACAUUUCCUUUGCAGGAACAUUUGGAAGCAGCAAUCAUGACUCAACUAACAAACUGUUUGAAAAGAACAUGACAUCUUUUUUGCAAAGAACUGCAAAGACAUUUACAGUGAUUCAUAUCCAACACAAAUUCAGCUUUUUUUUUAAUAGAUUUUUUUUUUUAAAUCGACAUGUAGCAACUUCAAUUUGCUUCAGUUGUUCAGGUCAGACAAGACUUGCAACAUCUUUGAAGUUUUACUUUGAGUACUGCACUAAUGACAUGUAUUGUAAUCCAGAUGUAUCUAAACUCAAACUUCAUUUGUAUAGCACUUUUCAUGCAAGAACAACACAAAGUGCUUCACAAGCAAUUAAAAACAAAGAAGACAAAAAAAAAAUACAAUUUAAAAAUGAAAAACCCGACUCUCCCACCCUCCCUACAUAUAGACCCUUUAUUUGUUUACAAACAUUGUGACGUUUUUUUGUGGGCGGGGCUUAUGCUGGAGUGGGAGUAUAUAGUUUGCGCUGGGAGUUUGCGCUGCAAACUCGAGCAUUUUUAGCCCGUUAAACUUCAGUGUACCGCCGGCGGUACACUUACUAAUUUGCAUAGGAAUUUAAAGAAUGUCCGAAAACUGCAAACGCGAUUAUAUAAACACUAUACGCCGAUGGAAAGCUUAGAUUCUCAUGAAUCCGCUGGUAUAAACCACUUUCAGAUGUGAUUACCACAGCGGGUGAUAUAAACACAUUUGUCCGACAAACAACGAAUAUCCAUCCAUCCUUUCUCUAUACACGGCUUCAACGUACACAGCGCGACUGACAUUUCCGGGUUCAUUAUUACACACAGAUGAAAAUAUUCCACAAAAAACGGCCAUAAUCCAACCUUGGACAUCCAGACAAAACAAGCCAGUAAACUAUUUUGUCCAAAACAUGUCUUGAAGUCGGUAUAUAAUCCACGAAUCGGUCGUUUUGAAGGACAUGCACCUCGCGAUGUGCGUCCAAUAUUCCCUGUAUUUCUCGUCAUAUUUAACGGGUUAUUGUUUUUGAUUGUAUUUUUUUCUGUGUCUUGUUGUGUCCUUGUUCUUAUGGUGUGUGUAUUUGGACCCAGUGUCUGGAAUAAAGCUGAACUGAACUGAA